UUAAAUCAACAUUACGGAUUACCCUUUCUUGGUUUCUCCUUUAUAAAGAACUGCGAAAUACUGGUGAAAGAAGAGUUUUACCAAAGAAAAGAUGGAUAGAGAUGACCGAAGACGUUACUUUAUUGUUGGUUCUGUUAUAGUAGAGAUAGUUACACCAGCUUUCAGACAGAGGCUAGAGAAUGACUACAAAAGUAAAGGGUUAGGAUGUCUACAGGAUUUCAUCAACAGUAAACCUGUCAUACACAUCCUGUUUCAUCUCCGCCAUAAAAAUACCCAGUGUUGUGUGGACAGUACCAACUGUGUAAAUCAUGGUCCACUUCCUCUGAACCACAGCCAAUGGGACCUGCUGUACACUGGACCACCAAAUCAUCACUGUUUCUGCAAGUUUACAGCCAAACCUGUCACACUGGAUGAGCUUGACAUCACCUUGGCAAGUCUGAUAUUACUGAACUGUUGUACUUUAUCUGUCAAUGAAAGGUUUUAUGUUUCUAAAUUACGAGAAUUUAAGAACAACUACUUAAGCCACAAUGCUAAUGGCACCAUAACACAGGCAGAGUACACCACACUGAUUGGAGACCUUCAAACCCUUGUACUAAAACUGGAUCCCAGUAAACAAGAUGACUUUGCAAGGAUACAGAACAGAGCACUUGAUGAACCACUGUGUAACAAAUAUUUUACAUCUUUACUGGAUAUUUAUGGCCUGUUAGAAAAGAUUGGGAACAAAGUAGAGAAUGUAGAUACAUCUACAACAAGAAUCCUGACUACAGUGAACAGCAAUGCUCAAAUACUGGCUACAAUGGGUAUCAGCAAUGAUGCUUUAAUUGCUAAAAUAGAGGAUUUGCUACAAAAUAUGAUAUGCCAGAGAUGCAAGGAGAUGAUAAAUAAUCAAGAAAAGGAAAACUCAAAUAAACCCUAUAAACUAGGAAAUUCUAUCUUCACACUACAUCAUGAGAUAAACCUUACAUCAAUAGUUAGUGAUGGCUUGGUAGGAUAUGUAUCAGAUAUGAUGAUGAUGGAUGAUGGUAGAAUAGUGAUAUGUUUACAUAACCAGAGCAGACUACUGAUCUGUAAUACAGAUGGAUCACAGGCAGACAGUAUACCUGUACAGAGUUUCCCAUUGUGUGUUACAGCAGUCAACAACUCUACAGUAGCUGUUGUACUGUAUAGUAGUAUCUGUAUAGAGAUGUAUGACAUAAACAAUAAACUCAAACUUAAAUCAAUAUCACUACCUGGAAUGUGUUGGGUGAGUUGCAUUACAACUAUAAACAACAAGUUAGUUGUAGGUGGUUACGACAGACUACAGAUCAUAGAUCAUCAGACAGGAGAGGUGGUACAGACAAUAAAGACUGACUGUAGUCCUUACAGGUUACAUUGUUCUGGUGACAGAAUAUUCUACUGUGGUAACAACUAUAACAACAACAAGCUGUACAGGUACAGUUAUACUGAUGACAGACAUCACACCCUAACAUUGCCAUCACCACCCUAUAGGAUGACUACACUACAAGAUGGCAGUCUGUAUGUGGGGUGUGAGGAUGGAUCAGUACAACAUGUGUCAUCUGAUGGUAAACAGUAUAAAACUGUUACAACAGAGGACCAAAAAAAACUAAAAUUUCAUUCCAUGUCAUAUAAUUCAAAGCAAAGAAAACUUGUCACAACAUAUGCAAGUAAAAAUCAGACCUUAACAUUCAAAGUCUUCUAUGAGAAAUAAUACAGUCUUAUGUUAUCAUGUUAAUGUUUCAUAACUGUAUAAGUGCUUUAGAAGGAAUAAGAGAUGAAAUAUUUGCAUGCAUGGAUGGAUGAUAGAACAAGUUUCUUCAUAAAACAUAGACAUAAAUAUGAUAGGGGAAAUUGAUAAAUAUUCUAUGAGUCUGUCAAAAGAGAUGAUUUUAAGUAUGAACCUUUCCCUUUUACAAAGAGUGUAUAAAUUAAUAUUUUGUUAAUCAAAGGAAACUGAAAAAUUGCUGACUGAAACUGAACAGGUGAAUAAAAGCAUUAUGUUCUAAAGUAAAAUAGAACGUGAAGGUUUCAUGAAUAUAAGUUAUUACUUUUGUCUUAGACAUAUGAACAUUAUACAGUACCAUAACAUUGUUUAAAUAUCUUCAAAAUUUAAUUUGAGCUAGUUGCACGUUUUAGUUGUUUUAAAUAAACAUUGCUGUUCCAUGAUUGGUAUCCAGUAUGGCCUGUGAUAUGGACCAUUGUUUUAAGGACAAUGUGAAUAAUCAUUAAAAAAAUAAAUCAAAAUCCUAAGCAUCUUUAAUUAUUAACAGUUAUAGUGAAGCUUAACAUAAAUUGUACUUAUAAACAGAACUUUGAAAGGGAUCAAACUCCUUUUUAUACGACCGCAAAAAAAUUUGUGGUCGUAUAUUGGUAUCAAGUCGUCGGCGGCGUCAGCUUUGUCCGAAAACAUUUGAUUUCCGGACAAUAACUUUAGUAUAGGUGAAUAGAAAUCUAUGAAAUUUUAACACAAGGUUUGAAACCACAAAAGAAAGGUUGGGAUUGAUAUUGGGGGUUAUGGUCCCAACAGUUUAGGAAUUAGGGGCCAAAAAGGGGCCCAAAUAAGCAUUUUUCUAAUUUCCAGACAAUAACUUGUUGAACAUUGUAUGGAUCUCUCUGAAAUUAUACCAUAAGUUUCCAUACCACAAAGGGAUGGUUAGGAUUGGCUUUGAGGGGUUAUGGCUCAAAUUGUUUAGGAAUUAGGGGCAAAAAAGGGGGAAAAACAAGGGUUUCCUGGUUAAUGGACAAUUACUUAAGUAUUGGUCUUUGGAUCUCUAUGAAAUAGAUAUUGGACCAUUAAGCAUUAUAUAAGGGAUAGCAUUAUAUAAGGGAUAGCAUUCAAUGGAUUCAUGAUAUUUUACAGUAUAUAGAAGAAAACAAUAUUUUGGGAUUUUGAUUUUGAGAAAGCUUUUAUUCUUUAUGUUGGGACUUUUUGCUAUAAGUAUUACAAUUUUUCAUGCUAUUAGUAUUACAAUUUUUUUCAUAUGCUGAAUCUAACUGUUUAUUUGGUUGUUGGACCCAUUUUCUAAUUGGUCCAAAUUUUGGCCUGAAGGCUAUAAAAUUUGUUUUGUUUGAUUUAAUAAACAUUAAAUAAUUUAAAAGAUAAUAAUUACAAUGUUAUAUUUGAAUUACCUCCCUUACAUUGCUUUUAAAUUAUGUAAAGUUGUCAGCUAGUUCUAGUAUGAAUUAUUUUUUAGCUCUUUCUAGAAACAUCAAAUACUGUGAUGGAAGUAUAUAUAAUAUAAUAAUAGUGUAUAUCAAAGGGUUCAGUGGUAAUAAAUUUUCAUAUUCAAAAUUGUUUAUUUGUGAUCAACAUCAUUUGUUUGUGUUUUUUUUAGCAUUAAGAGUUACCUCCCUUACAAUGGUUUUGUUAUAAAGAAAUGUUGUAUUGUCUUGAGGUGAUUAGCUGCCAAUUUAUUUUUAUACAACUGCAAAAAAUUUUUGCGGUCGUAUAUUGGUAUGACGUUGGUGUUGUCGUCGUCCGAAAGACACUUUGGUUUUCGCACAAUAACUUUAUAGUUUAAUUGAAUGGAUCUUUAUGAAAUUUUACCAUAAGGUUCAAUACCACAAAAGGAAGGUUGGGAUUGAUUUUGGGGGUUAUGGUACCAACAGUUAAGGAAUUAGGGGCCAAAAAAAAGCAUUUUUGUAACUUCCAGACAAUAACUUGUGUGCUAGUGUAUGGAUCUCUCUGAAAUUGUACCACAAGGUUCCAUAUCACAAAGGAAAUGCUGGGAUUGAUUUUAGGGGCAAUUGCCUCAAAAUUUUAUGAUUAGGGACAAAAAAAAGGGGCAAAAAACAAGCAUUUUUCUUGUUUCAUGACAAUAACUUGUGUGUAAGUGUAUGGAUCUUUCUGAAAUUGUAGUUUGGGGGUAAUUGCCAAAAACGUUUAGGAAUAAGGGGCCAUAAAGUGGCCAAAAAUAAGCAUUUUUCUAGUUUCCAGACAAUAACUUGUGUUCAAGUGUAUGGAUCUCUCUGAAAUUGUACUGCAAGGUACCAUACCACAAAGGAAAGGCUUGGAUUGAUUUUGGGGGUAAUUGCCUCAAAAUUUUAGGAAUUAGGGGCAAAAAAGGGGCAAAAAACAAGCAUUUUUCUAGUUUCAGGACAAUAACUUGUGUGUAAGUGUAUGGAUCUUUAUGAAAUUGUACUACAAGGUUCCAUAUCACAAAGGGAAAGCUGCAAUUGAGUUUGGGGGUAAAUGCCCAAAACGUUUAGGAAUUUGGGGGCAAAAAGAGGCCAAAAACAAGCAUUUUUCUAUUUUCCAGACAAUAACUUGUGUUCAAGUGUAUGGAUCUCUCUGAAAUUGAACUGCAAGGUACCAUACCACAAAGGGAAGGCUGGGAUUGAGUGUGGGGUGAUGAAUCAUAAGGGGGUUCAAAAAAUUUGGGGGGAUUUUUUUUUUCCUUUUUUUCCAUUUUUUUUCUUUAAAAUUUUCCAUUUUAAAUUGGUUAUUUCUGAUUUAUAUAUAAAAGCAAAUAAUAAUGAUAUGGUUUGAAUAGGUAAAUUAAAAAAUUUUAAGUUCUUAGACCACAUUCAUUCUGUGUCAGAAACCUAUGCUGUGUCAAAUAUUUAAUCACAAUCCAAAUUCAGUGCUGUAUCAAGCUUGAAUGUUGUGUCCAUACUUGCCCCAACUGUUCAGGGUUCGACCUCUGCAGUCGUAUCAAGCUGCGCCCAGCGGAACAUUUUAUUAUGUAUUUUACUGAUAAAUGGACUUCAUUUUUUUACUGUUUAAAAGUCUUGGAGGUUUUUUUAAAGUUAACAAAUAGACUUUUGUUUUGCAGUUAAAAAGAUACAGUCUUUGGUUUAAGUUUUUUACUAGACUGGUACCUGGCACUUAUUGAUAAGCCUACUGAAUAUUUUACGGAGGGAACCAACCUAAAGUUUUACAGUUAUCAAUAACCUUGUCAAACCUUCGUGGAAUUUUAUGAAAUUUGGGCAGAAGCUUAGUUUAAUAUGAUCAAAAUACAGUAUUCAGAGCAAAAAUUUGAAAAUAUUUAUUAUAAUUUUCCUGUAUUUUACUGAUAAAUGGACUCACAUUUAAAAUCAGAUACAUUCAGGGGUUAGAGUUUGUUAGACAUCAAUAACUUUGUCAAACCUUCAUAAAAUUUUAUGAAACUUUGGCAGAAGCUUUCUUAUGAUUAAGAGAUAAUGUCUAAAGCAAACUUUUGAAAUUAUUUUUUUUCCAUUUUCAGUAUUUUUCUGAUGUAUGAUUUUUACAGUUAACAUUUACAGACAGUCUUGGAUUAUACAUUCUUUAACAUGAUAAAUUUGUACACCUUCA